AUGAUAUCACAACGUCUCACGUUCGAAAAUUUGAUCCAACUUGCCAAGCCAUCAGGAGAAACGUACCGGAAAAGGACAAAAGCUGUAGCUUUCAAUCUAGCUACAUCGCGUCACCCAAUUACCGCAUUCCAGUCGGUACCUUCAAUCGACGAAGUCCCCCAGGCGUUCAUACAUGCGAAGCCUGUGAGAGGCGAAUCCAAGAAUCCAAAUGUCCUUAGAACCAUAUCGCGAAAAUUCCUAGAAUUAGAAGAAGAAUUACGGUUAAUAACAGCAAAAGACAAACAUAACACAGAAAAAAUCGAUGGUGUUGCCGAGCAAGCCUGCCGUUCACGAAAACCAAGCGUCAGCGGCAGAAAAGAUCGAUAA